AUGGAACCUACAGAACCUAUAGAUGAUACAGAAAAAUCAACCAAUCAAAGACCUGAAGGUCCUCCUUCCUACUCUUCUUAUUACCAACCAGGCUAUAAAGCAUCCAGACCUUAUAGGUUGCCAGUCCAAACUCAACCCACAAGCUUGCCCAUGUACAUUUCACGUAAUGGCUCACAAGCUCCAAAUAAUUUUCAAGAAAACCAGAUAUCAUGGAUGCCUGCACCUCUGCCAUUGGCUGACUGUCCACCUGGGCUGGAAUAUCUACAGCAGACAAAGAGAAUACUAGUUCAUCAACAGAUUGAACUUCUGAAAAUUUUGACAGACUUUGAAACAAAUAACAGAUAUGAAAUUAAAACUGAUUCUGGACAAAUGAUUUACUUGGUAACUGAAGACACAGAUGACCUUAUAAGGAAUCGUUAUGGAUCUUCUCGACCUUUUACCUUGAGGGUUACUGACUGUAGGGACCAUGAAAUAAUGAGAUUUCACAGACCUUAUAAAUUCAGCUUUUGCUGCUGUUGUUGCUGUUGUUGUUGUGAUUCAAUGAUACAAGAGCUGGAAGUUGAUUCACCCCCUGGUUCAGUUCUUGGCUAUGUGCGACAAAAUGGAAACCACUGCCAAGGAAAAUUCAGAAUUGAAAACGAGAGGAAAGACCAUUUAAUGAACAUCACCACCAGUUGGUCCUGCUGUGGCUCAGACACCAUUUUUAAAGUGAAAUCACUUGAUCAACAGAUUGUGGGGACAAUUAUUAGGGAAUGGCCUGGUCCUUCAACCAACAUCACUGCUGACACCUAUGACAUUCAUUUUGAAAUAGAUGACGUGAGAAUUAAAGCACUGAUUUUGGGUGCUUGCUUCCUCAUUGACUUCAUGUAUUUUGAAAAUAAAAUGGUGACAAAGUCCAAUAAUUCAACAAAUUCAACAAAAAAAGACUUCAUAUUCAAUGAGGUUUUCCUUUGAAAAUAAAU